AUGUCUGUGCAACGUGUAGCAGUUGUAACAGGAGGCCACAAGGGUAUUUGCUACGAAAUUGUCAAAGCAUUAUGCUCGCAAUUUGAUGGAAUAGUUUACUUGACGGACAGAGACGAGAAACGCGGCUUGGACGCAUGUAAGAAACUGGCCAAGGAACUGAUGAAGGAAGGUUGUAAAAGCCCACCUAAAUUCCACCAGCUUGAUAUCGGAAACGUGAAGAAAGCAUCGAAAGGUUUCGAGAUUAUGUAA